GUUGGACUGGAUGAGCUUUAAAGGUCCCUUCCAACCCAAACCAUUCUGUGAUACUGGUCAGGCCGUGACCAAUGCACCUUUGCAGAUGGGGCUUGCCUGGAGUGUGCUUUGGAGGUUGACAGUGGUGUGAUCUUUCUGUGGAGGGAGUGAUUUCUAUGGUUCCGCUGCUUCCUUACUGCAAAGUGAGAGGGGAGCCCAGGUAUGUGCCGUAAGCGUUGCGACACAAAAGCUUGGCACUAGAGGAAGAGGAGGACGUCUCCUCCAGGAGGUGCUCUUGUCCAACAGUUCUUGUGCCCAGCUUGCUGCUUGUGCUCUCCAGGAAGCUGUCGGGAGCUGAGACAGGUGGGAACCCAGCUCCAUGACAGAGCGGUAGAAGAAAGCCUAUGGAUCUCAACUGCAGUGCUUGUGUUUAACCCCUGCCUUCUCAAGACAACCCAGAGGAGUUGCAAGAGAGCCGCCUGUCCCUCUCCACGAAUUUAGAAGGACCUGGAGCUAUGUAAAGCAGCCGGAGACUUCUGCCCUGUUGCUAGCUAUGUACAGAUGAAAUGAACCCUAGCCUGUCUACAUCAGCCGUCAGGUGAAGCAUAGCUGGGUGUGCUUAACACGCAAGUUUGCUUUACACUCAAUGGGUUGGGUGUUUUUUUUUUCUGUUCUUGGCAGCUGAAUGAGCUUGCAGGGAGGAAUCAUGCCUCGUAUGUCUCUGACUCGAUCUCCCCCUUUCCCUCCUUCAAAAAGAGAAUUUCCCUUUAGUAGCGGGGAUCUCCAGCCAGCUUGAAUUCUUUCUGUAGAGAAGGAAGUACAUAUUUUUAAUAAGCUUUGGCCACAAUAGGUAGCCAGCACUAUCUUGCAGUCCUGAUGAGGGCAAGAGCUGAAGGGUGACAUAUUCAGGCCAGGCUUGGAAAUUCCAUGGAGGAUUUAUGACCUGAUAGUAAAGAGAUCUGGCCCUUCAAGACUAUUUGAAAAUGCAGAAAGCCCAUAAAACUAAUUGUUGCCUCUGCCUCUUCUACAUAGGAGCCCAGAAAUUCAAGCAGAAACCUCUCCUGUCUCCUUUUGAGUGUGAACUGGCACACUGGGCAUUUCCGCGUGCAGAGCGCAGCCCACCUAAACCACCUUUAUUUUAACGCAAACAGGGGAGAGGAGGCAAACCCAUGGUGUCCAGGAAUAUCUGUGGCAUUUCUCUUCUGGUGCCCUCGUUCCUCUGCGUGGUGCAGACUCGCUGGGUGCUGCUGGCAGAGUAUAGUGUAUGUGUCCAAGGCUGGAGCUGGCUUUGGUUUAUAUUAAACUAGGCUGGACCUGGCACUGAGCUGAGGCUCCUUAUCUCCCUUCUGCUGUUGCACAGGGGAGCUACCUGCUCUGCAAUAGUUAAAAAUCAAUGCAUAUUCCACCUCUUUUCAUUUCAAUAUCCAUUUAGGCAAGCAGAGAGAGUGGGGAAGCCUUGAGAAAAUGGGGAUCGGACCUGUCCUGUUAUAACUCUCUGCCAAGGGGGCCCAGAAGAGCCCGUGCUUCACGUCCCUUGGCUGCACAUGUGGCAGAGGCAAAGAGAGGAGCAGAACAAAGCCAGGUCUGAGUGCGGGGACACGGCGCCAGGUGUGUCCUGGCCCUUCUCUGGCCCUUCCCUUUUCCUCUGCUCGAAUUCAGCAGGUUGACGGAGGGUGGGAAAGCAGCCAGGCACACCCAGCUCUCCGAGGCAGUAAAAUGAUCCCUCUUUUGCCCUUGGGCCAAGCCCAGCUUUUCUAACGGAUAAAAGGACAAGCAGUCGGGAGAACUCGCUCACUUCCCUGGUCUCCAGCACAGCUUCCCUGAGCUUUUGAAGGGUGGGGGAUACUGAAGACAUCCUCGCAGCAGCCAUGAGUUUCAGCUCUCGCUCUGCAGCCGUCCCAGGGAUCAGCCAAGUGCGGGUCAGCACGGUCUCCUCGACCCGUGGAGUAGGAGGGGGUGCCGGCUUAGGCAGGGCAAGUGGCUGGGGCACCCCCAGCCUAUACAACUUCGGCUCCACCAACAAGCGGAUCUCCCUUGGAGGUGGCAACUCCUACAGCACUCGCUCCGGAUACAGCUAUGGGGGCAUGGGAUUCAGUGGGCCAAUCAGCCCCAGGGGCAUUCAGGAGGUCAGCAUCAACCAGAGCCUCCUGACGCCCCUGAAUCUGGAGAUUGACCCCAAUAUCCAGCGGGUGCGCAAGGAGGAGAAGGAGCAAAUCAAGACACUCAACAACAGAUUCGCCUCCUUCAUUGACAAGGUCCGGUUUCUGGAGCAGCAAAACAAAAUACUGGAGACCAAAUGGAGCCUCCUCCAGGACCAGAAGACUGCCCGGAGUAACAUUGCUCCCAUGUUUGAGGCAUACAUCAACAACCUGCGACGUCAACUGGAUGGGUUGUUGAAUGACAAAGGGCGCUUGGAGGGCGAACUGAAGAACAUGCAGGAUCUUGUUGAGGAUUUCAAGACCAAAUAUGAAGACGAAAUCAACAAGCGCACGGCAGCAGAGAACGAGUUUGUGGUGCUCAAGAAGGAUGUGGAUGCUGCCUACAUGAACAAAGUGGAGCUGGAGGCCAAGGUGGAUGCGCUGACGGAUGAGAUUAACUUCCUGAGGUCUCUCUACGAAGCGGAACUUCAUGAGCUGCAGGCCCAGAUCUCUGACACCUCUGUGGUGCUGUCUAUGGAUAACAGUCGAAACCUGGACCUGGACAGCAUCAUCGCAGAGGUCAAGGCACAGUAUGAAGAGAUUGCCAACAGGAGCCGAGCGGAGGCCGAGUCCUGGUAUCAAAGCAAGUACGAGGCACUGCAGGUCACUGCUGGGAAACAUGGAGAUGACCUGCGCAACACGAAGAAUGAGAUCUCGGAGAUAAACCGAAUGAUCCAGAGGCUGCAGGGUGAAAUCGAAAAUGCAAAGGCCCAGCGUGCCAAGCUGGAGGCAGCCAUUGCUGAAGCUGAGGAACGUGGUGAGUUGGCUGUCAAAGAUGCCAGGGCAAAGCUGGAGGAGCUGGAGGCAGCUCUGCAGAAGGCAAAGCAGGACAUGGCCCGGCAGCUCCGUGAGUAUCAGGAGCUCAUGAACGUCAAGCUGGCCCUGGACAUCGAGAUUGCGACCUACAGGAAGCUCCUGGAGGGCGAGGAGAGCAGGUUGGCUGGUGAUGGAGUUGGCAACGUCAACAUCUCCGUGGUCAGCUCCAGCGGUGGAGGUUCCAGUGGAUUUCUGGGAGGAGGCCUUAGCCUGGGAGCAGGCAUGGGCAGCGGGGCGCUCGGCUUCUCCUCUGGGGGUGGCUCCAAAUCCUACACCAUCACCACAACCUCGUCCAGCAGGAGAAGCAUCAGGAAGUAACUACAGGAACGGAGAUCAGCGGUACCCAUUACACGGGAGGAGGGAAACCAUAGAAAGAAACGUUUUGUUGCCUUUUAUAGGACAAAUUGGCUGCAAAAUUUCUGCAGUGGUGAAUGAAUUGGAGUAAGACAUACCAGAGUACCUGACCCUGCCGCAUCACGCCUAAGGCUUGAUCCUGCACUGUUGAACUCAGUGGGCACCAUUCCACUGAGAGCAGGUUCAAGCCUGUAGGGUGAAAUUUAUCCAGCGAAGCAGGCAGUAUAAUGCUUUUGUUACUUGUGUGCUUGGUACCCCCUGUUCAGAGCUGGAUUUCACCCUUUGAAGGGCAAAGCAAUCAUCUGAGCGGCAAGCUAUUCCACAUUGCUGCUGUGGUUUUGCAAAAGAGACCAGAAGAUUAUCUCCCUCUUAAUACCAUUUGGAAGACUUCAUUCCCUUAGGUUCCUCAGAAAAUGCCAACCCUGGUUAAGAUUUCAUCCUGGGUUUGUUUUCUUAAAGUGUACCAGGAAGAAAACAGUGAAACUGUUUUGGGUUUCUCCUUAUUUUCUUUGGAAAUGGAAUUCAACAGUUCUCCUCUGAAUGAAGGCAACGCAGAUGGAUUUAUUUUCAGGUUCCUUAUAGCGAAAUAACUCAUAAACCAGCUCCCCCCCCAUUCCCUCUCCUUAAGAGAAGCCCAAAGCUUAAGGGAUAUGAAGUUGCUUAAAAUUCUAAGUAGCACACUAAAAGAGGAGAUAACAUUCCCCAUCCCUGGGAGUCUCUGCUUACCACCCUGUAUUUCAAAGCAUACCUAGUGAUAUCUGGUGUCUUGACUACAGCUAGGGAAAAAGCGUGUUUUGUUGAUGCAUCAUUACAAUAACUACUUGUUCCUGCCAAAAUGUGUCUUCAACUUAAACAUGCCAGGGAAAAUAGUUAGGUCAUUACCGCGGUAGGAAGAAUUGUUAGAUAAAUAACAAAACUGCACAGAAUUUUUGUAUUGCAUGCUCAGCCGUGUC